AUGGCGCCCGCGGCGCCAGCGCCCAACGACGCGCACCACUGCUUCUUCGCCGCGACGGACUGCGACGCGCCGGCCGGGGCCGACGGCACGGCGCGGGGGCGGGCGCCCUACUGCGACACGUUCCUACUCACGUCCGUGCGGUCCAUCUGGAUGCCGCGGUCCGGCUGCUGGCUCGUCUGCGUCAUGAUCGGCCUCUGGGCGACGACGUGCCCCGCGCCGAGCGUCGUGCAGGCGCUCCUGAGCGCGGGCGCGGCCGUCGGCGGCCUCACCGUGGGCCGGCGCUCCGAGGACGAGAUCUACGGCCUGCCGACGGACGUCGCCAACGACCGCGCCGCCUUCGCCUUCUCCAUCAACUUCAUGGGCGCCUGCGUCGCCGUCGCGACGACGCUCGCGGUCCAGUUCCUCUCCGGCUUCGAGCUGGGGUAA